GAUCAAUGGAAAGAGCUGAAGACGUCAGCUCUGUCAUGUGAUCAGCUGUGUCCAAUCACAGCUGAUCGCAUGGGACAUCUACACUGAUCAUCAGGACACUGAUGAUCAGUGUGCCCUGAUGAUCAGUGUAGCCCCAUCAAUGCCACCUGUCAGUGUCCAUCAUUGUCAGCUGUCAGUGCUCAUCAAUUGCACCUAUCAGUGCCCAUCAGUGCCACAUAUCAGUGCCACCAGUGCAUAUCAAUGCCACAUAUCAGUGCCCAUCUGAGCUGCCUUUCAGUGCCGCCUAUCAGUGCCAGUCAGUGCAGCCUAUCAGUGCCAGUCAGUGCCGCCUAUCAGUGCCCGGCAGU